CAACCAUCUCAACGCCCAUUGCCUUCGAGGAAACCCGACAACUUCGAAUCAGCGACAACAAAAGCUAACAAGAUGUCGGACGGAGAAGAGCAACCCCAGGAGGUCGCCGCGGCCGAGGAGGUUGAGGUGGCAGCAGAGGCUGGCAAGUCUGGCUCCAUGUCCGUUCUCGAUGCCCUGAAGGGUGUCCUCAAGAUCGCCCUUAUCCACGACGGUCUCGCCCGUGGUCUCCGUGAAGCCAGCAAGGCGCUCGACCGCCGCCAGGCCCACAUGUGCGUUCUCAACGAGGCCUGCGAGGAGGAAGCCUACAAGAAGCUCGUCGUCGCUCUUUGCGGCGAGCACAAGAUUCCCUUGAUCAAGGUGCCAGAUGGAAAGCAGCUUGGAGAGUGGGCAGGUCUCUGCCAAAUCGACCGUGAAGGAAACGCUCGCAAGGUCGUCAACUGCUCGUGCGUGGUCGUCAAGGACUGGGGCGAGGAGUCGCAAGAGCGCUCUAUCUUGCUCAACUACUUCCAGACUGAGCAGUAGAGAGCAUAACAGGGCAAGAAAGAUACCGAGAGGACACCUAGUCGUUCUACUGCGGCCGGAGCAGGUUCCAGUAUCUUCAUCCUACUAGAACGACUCUCGGCCAAGGCAGCCCGUUCUUCAUACAUUGAGUCCGUCUCGGCAUCUUCUGCGGUUACUCUGUCUGUGGCCACCAGCACCUCGGCGUACAAAAAGGAAGCAUCAGCACAUGUUCACUAGACUCGUAUGGGAAUUGCUGAGGACCUCAGCAAUGGCUCAGUGUACAUUAACGUCAAGUCUUGCGCCUUCAGAUAUCCUGUGCGCGCCCGAAUAGAAUGAAAAAUCAGCACAACCUUUUUU